CGGCAAUGUCUACCAACAGCGGAUGAUGCUCUGGUAAUGGAUUUACAAAGAUAUUCUACCGUUGAAAAUGUGUAUGCGGAGGCAAAAGCGACAAACAAAAGUUGCAGGCUACUGUUUUGAUGCUGGUUAAUGAUCGAUUGGGGACAUGGAGGCGCCAAGUCAAACGUCUCGCCAGCAUGGAAUAGGUGAAUCAUCCAAGCGUUUUUCACCCGGGCGCUUGGUUUAUCGCUGGGAAGAGAGGGCCAGUUGCCUGCUCCAUGGCCUCAACGAACAACGUCAGCAUGGCCAGCUGUGUGACGUGGUGCUGGUGGCGGAUGAGCAGAGGGUCCCUGCGCACCGAGCCCUGCUUGCCGUCUCCAGUCCUUACUUCCAGGCCAUGUUCACCCUGAGCAUGCGGGAGGCCCAGCAGAAGGAGGUGGAGCUGGUGGGAGCGUCCUACGAGGGCCUGAGGGCACUGGUGGACUUCCUGUACAGCGGCGAGCUGCUGCUGGACGACGGCAACAUCGAGCACGUGCUGGAGACGGCGCACCUGCUACAGGUGUGGCACGCCGUGGACUUCUGCUGCCAGUUCCUGGAGGCGCAGGUGACCGCCGAUAACUUCCUGUACCUGCAGAAGCUGGCGCUGCUCUACAGCCUGGAGCGUCUGGACGCGUUCGUGGACCGCUUUGUGCUGGAGCGCUUCGCCUCGCUCUCGCUCGCCCCGCACUUCCUGAGUCACGUGCCGGCCUCCAAGAUGGCCGCCUACCUGUCGGCCGAGCGCGUGCAGCAGCAGAGCGAGCAGGCGGUGCUGCGCGCCGCUCUCCGCUGGCUCGCUCACGGGCCCGAGCGGACCGAACACGCCCGGCAGCUGCUGGCCCACGUGCGCUUCCCGCUCAUGCCGGCGGCCGCGCUGGCCGAGUGGGCCUUGCCCGCCGUGCGCUCUCUGCUGCCCCCGGAGGCCGGCUGCGAGCCUCUCCUGGAGGAGGCCCUGAACUACCAGGCCCGCGUCAGCGCCCAGCCCCUGCUCCAGACCCCGCGCUCCCAGCUGCGGGGGGCCACGGAGCGCCUCCUGCUGGUCGGGGGCGAGGUGUCGGAGAGGAGCGACGAGCUGAGCGCCGAGGUGUGGCGCUACGAGCAGGAGGACGGCCCGGGAGAGCGGAGCGGAUGGGAGGUGGAGACGCACCUGCCCGCCCAGAGGAGCCAUCACAGCGUGGCCGUGCUGGGGGGGUUCAUGUUCACCGCCGGGGGGAGCACGGUGCGGGACAACGGGGGCGACACGGCCAGUAACCUGCUGUACCGCUACGACCCCCGCUGCAACACCUGGAUUCAGGUGGCCUCCAUGAACUUGAGGCGAGUGGACUUCUACCUGGGUGCUGUGGGGGACUGUCUGAUAGCUGUCGGGGGGAGGAAUGAUUCCGGAGCCCUGUCCUCUGUAGAAGUGUACCAUCCUUCCGAGGACUUCUGGGAGUUUGUGGCUGACCUGCCGAGGUUGACCUAUGGCCAUGCAGGCUCCGUGCACAAUGGUUUAGUCUACAUCUCCGGCGGCCAUGACAUGCAGAUCGGCCCCUACCGCCGUGACUUCCUGAGCUACGACCCGCAGGCGGGCGGCGGACAGGGCGGACAGGGCGACGCGUGGACGGAGCGGGUGCCCAUGCUCGUGGCCCGCGGCUGGCACUGCAUGGCGGCGCUGGGCGAGCGCAUCUACGCGCUGGGCGGCAGCAACGACCACCAGGACAGCAUCGAGCGCUUCGACAUCCUGGACGUGGAGGCGUUCGAGCCGCGCGGCGAGCAGUGGACGCGCGUGAGCCCGCUGCUGAGGGCGAGCAGCGAGGCGGCCGUGGCCGUGUGGGAGGGACGCGUCUACGUGCUGGGCGGGUACAGCUGGGACACGCUGGCGUUCUCGCACACCACGCAGGUCUUCCGCCCGGACACCGGCUACUGGGCCAGGGGGCACGAUCUGCCCAAGCACAUCGCGGGCGCCACGGCGUGUGUGUGUCCCGUCACGGCCUCGCCCUCACGACCCCCGCCUGCCCACCCCCAGGGCAGGUCUGGACACAGCAGGGGGAGGGUCAGUAGGAGACCCCUCACAUAGGAACACGACUGGAUGGACUGAGGUCAUCCUUUUCAUAUGCGCAGUUCGGACUUCAAAUUGUGUUUGCCUUAAAAAUAACUGUACGAUUAGUCACUGCCGUUAGUUUAUUAAAUAUGGACGGUGUUUUUUAAUGCUCCUGGGUUCGAACCAGGGGGGUUUAUAAUGUUGUUUAUAUCAGAGUAUCAAUAAAUAUAAUCUCUUUACGUCAUUAUCUGAUAAAGAA